UUUUUUGGACGCUUUCUAAAAUUAUGUGAUUUCUCAUUUGUGCCUCUCCUUCUUCGCCACCACCAUCACCACCAUCAAAUUAGGGUUUUUUCAGGCGAGUUCUUUUUUUUUCUUCACGAGUGCCCUGAGAUUUUAGUGAUUGAGUUUGGCUCUGAGAAGCAGAGAUCUAAUUAGCUCCGUGUUCUUCUUCUUCGUCUUCGUCUUCAUCAUCGUCUUGCUUUCUCCUUUCACCAUGUUCUGGAAGUUGACUGCUCUCUCUGCUGCUUCACCGGUCGAAUCCAUAUUAGACAAGGAAGACUUCACUUUGGAAGAACUCUUGGAUGAGGAAGACAUAAUCCAGGAAUGCAGAGCUUUGAACAGCCGGCUCAUAAAUUUUCUGAGAGAAAGAGCCCAAGUGGAACAGUUAUUACGUUUUAUUGUUGAAGAAUCUCCUGAAGAUGCUGAUAGCAAGCGCGCCUUCAAGUUUCCUUUCAUCUCCUCUGAAGUUUUGACCUGUGAAAUUGAUGUUAUUCUAAAGACUUUAGUGGACGAGGAGGAGCUUAUGAACCUACUUUUCUCCUUUUUGGAACCUAACCGUUCCCACAGUGUGAUGCUAGCUGGGUAUUUCAGCAAGGUUGUCAUAUGCCUCAUGCUGAGGAAGACAGUCCCGCUGAUGAACUAUGUAAAAGCCCAUCAGAAUGUUUUCCAGCAACUGGUUGAUUUGAUAGGGAUUACGUCCAUUAUGGAGGUUCUAAUUCGGUUGGUUGGUGCGGAUGAUCAUGUGUAUCCCAACCACCUGGAUGUGAUGCAAUGGUUAGCUGAUAGCAAUCUGCUUGAAAUGAUUGUGGAUAAGCUUAGCCCAUCAAACUCUCUUGAAGUUCAUGCAAAUGCUGCUGAAACACUCUGCACUAUCUCUCAAAAUGCACCGUCACCGUUGGCUACCAAACUCUCUAGUUCAAGCUUUGUUGCAAGGAUAUUUGGUCAUGCUUUCGAAGAUUCCCAGUCUAAAUCGAGCCUUGUCCACACACUUUCAGUGUGCAUUUCGUUGUUGAGCCCAAGAAGAUCUGUAGUUUCCUCCCCCUUUAUGUAUUCAUUCAGGGGCCAACAAAUCUUCGAGUCUCCAGUUUCUGUGAAUCCGGAGACUAUUGCCACCAUGCUGCCUAGACUUGGUGACUUUGUUGCACUUUUGAAUGUGACCUCUGAUGAAAAAAUCUUACCUACUACCUAUGGGCAGUUGAAGCCUCCUCUUGGCAGUCAUCGUCUGAAGAUUGUGGAGUUCAUUGCUGUCUUGUUGAAAAAUCGAAGUGAAGCAACAGGAAAAGAACUAGCCAGCUCAGGAGCUAUUAGAAGAGUUCUUGAUCUGUUCUUUGAGUACCCAUAUAAUAAUGCACUGCACCAUCAGGUGGAAAGUAUAAUAGUAUCGUGUUUGGAAAGCAAAAACGAUGAGAUUGUUGACCAUCUUCUCCAAGAGUGCGAUUUGAUUGGAAAAAUUCUCAAAACAGAGAAACAGCCAAUUCUUUCUGGUGAUAAGCAGCCAACAUUAGCUGCUGCUGGAAAGCAAGCUCCGAGGGUGGGAAAUGUUGGUCAUAUCUCGAGAAUUUCAAACAAGCUUAUUCAGCUGUCAACUAACAGUAACCAGAUAAAGUCUAUACUUGAGGAAAAUAACGAAUGGGGUGAGUGGGAAGCGAAUACGUUGCACGAUCGAAAUGCAGUUGAGAAUGUUUAUCGCUGGGUUUGCGGACGCCCAACUGCAUUACAUGAUAGGACUAGGGACAGUGACGAUGAUGAAGUUCACGACAGGGAUUAUGAUCUUGCCGGUUUAGCUAAUAACUUAAACCAGUUCAGAUACAACAUGCAAGAGAACAAUGGUGCUGUGGAGGAGCAUGGCUCCAAUGACAGAGAGGAAGAGGAUGUUUAUUUUGAUGAUGAAUCUGCUGAAGUUGUUAUAUCAUCUCUAAGGCUUGGUGAUGAACAGGCGAACAACUUAUUCACAAACUCAAACUGGUUCACGUUCCAAGGAGAUGAAUUGGGCGAAAACACAGGAACAGGAGCUAUAUCUUCGGAGGAAGCAAUGGAAGAUGUAAGCUUGAAUGAAACUUCUGGUGGUGGAGAUGAAGAAGACGAAGACUGUUUGAUUACAGAAAGCAAGAACCCUUUUGUUGACUCAGCUGCAGCCACAGCCUCAACCUCAGAAGCUGUCCCUGUGGACGCUGAUAUCGAGAUUGAUGAAGAUGUGGGUUCAGAUGAAUUGUCGCCAGAAUGGGUUAAACGUGGUGAUUCCUCUUCAUCCCCGACACCGGUCACAGUAGAUCCGUUCCAGGAAGAUGACGUGAAGAUGCCUGAUGUGAGAAUCCCAAACGGUUCUUCAUCCUCAGAAGGUGAUAUUAGCCCGAGAUCACCGCCUGUGCCUUCAUUGUUUGGAAAAGAUGUUGAGUUUGUGGGAGUAGAGCCAGAAGGAACCGAAAGGGCAAUGGAUCAAGCUCUCAAGGAAGGCAUAGUGGGAGAAGCAGGGCCAAUGAAGAGGAACAACGCCACAGCCUCUCCGGGAAAGGAGAGCCCCGAUGAUAGUAUGCAGGAGUACAACGACACUAACUACUGGAAGGUUGAUCAGGAGGUGACUGUAGUUGAAUGACGUGACACAAUCAUUGCCUGAUGAAGGAUUUGAUGAGAUGACAUGAGACAAUCAUUGUCUUAAACGAUUCCCAGAGAGACAGGGAAGGGAAGGUACGUGUGAAUGUACAGUACUACUAAGUCUUAAGUCUUAAAGUCUAAGUCAUCUUUUGUUUUCUUAAUGUUCUGCUUAUUUUUACAAAGUGACUGAUAUGCUCUUUUAGGUUUUUCUUUUUACAAAUCUUGGAUGCUUUUGUUAUGCCUAUCAAGGAUUUAUUUUACUCAGUUUUCGUAUUAUGUUUGAAAUAUUUGAUUAUUGGGACUCUUGUUGUAAAGACUUUCGUGAGGGUUGCUCGUUCUUGGAUAAUAAUAAAAACUCUGAAUUUAGUGUCU